UUCUAUGGAAGUAAAUAUGAUAAUGAUGAGCUUCAGAAAUAUUUACUGGAGAUAGUAACAGAUGCAGAAGAUGUUUUGGUCAGAAUAACUCUACGUAUCAAAGAUCUUAAAACCAGAAAAGGAGGGAGGGUUAUAGUAUCUGUUGAUAAAAUAAUUAAUCAUGUAUAUAACCUUACUUCUGACUCUGAUACGACCUCGAAUUCAAACACUUCUUUUAAUUCAGAUACUUCAGCAACAGAGGAUAUGCAUAGGAUCGAAGUGGUAAGCUCAAAGAGUCAUUGUUCUGCAAUAAGAAAACGCCCCAUUCGAAAGCGUAAAGUAAAAGGUAGAGUUAAUUAUUGCUAUGUAAAUUUCACUACACUCUGGAACAUGAUAGUUAAACCAGAACAAUCACAUCAUGGUGGGAUGCUAUAUAUAUCUGUGAUAAUUUUCCUUGUUUUACUUUUGAUUCUAGACAUGGACACUGAUUAUCGCUAG